AUGGCCCUCGUUCGACUGCUCAGACGCAGCCAGCACUUGGCCCGCAUCGGCUGUCGCUCCCUCUCGUCUCCAUCGCCUGCAUGUCCUCCACCUGCACCCAAUCAGCCUAAUUUCCCUUGCGUUGACGCCCAUGCUGCCCGUGAAUCUCGUCUCAAAGCGCGCAGGUCUAAGCCUGCACCACCAGCCAUCCAGCAGGAUGCAGAAACAGGCCCAGAGCCUCCAUAUGCUCGUCCAAAUCCAACCACGUAUCACACUUACCAUCAUCCCCAUCCCCUUCAGCUCUCUUACUCGACUACCCCCCUCCCAGCUUUUGACAUUGCGUAUGAAACAUGGGGCUCCCUUUCACCCUCCAAAGACAAUGUCAUUCUUCUCCAUACCGGCCUCUCUGCUUCCUCGCAUGCUGCCUCUACACCUGCAAAUCCCGCCCCAGGUUGGUGGGAGAAAUUCAUUGGCCCCGGAAAAGCCAUCGAUACGAAUCAGUUCUUCGUGAUAUGCACCAAUGUCAUCGGUGGGUGUUAUGGCUCUUCUGGCCCUUCGUCUCUCGAGGAAGCAACUGGAAAGCCAUGGGCAACUCGUUUUCCUUUGGUCUCCAUCUUUGACAUGGUCAAUGCCCAAUUUCACUUGCUCGAUCAUCUGGGCAUCAAUAAGCUUUAUGCUAGCGUCGGUUGCUCUAUGGGUGCUAUGCAGAGUUUGGCUGCUGGUUGGUUGCACCCAGAACGUGUUGGAAAAAUUGUGAGUAUCAGCGGUACAGCAAGGAGCAGUCCUUCAGCUGUAGCUAUGCGAUUUGCACAACGAGCUGUUCUUAUGGCUGACCCCAACUGGAACAACGGAUUCUACUACGAUGGCCUGCCACCUCACACCGGCAUGAAACUUGCUCGUCAAAUAGCUACAAUCACUUAUCGUUCAGGUCCUGAGUGGGACCUUCGCUUUGGGCGUCAACUCCGGUCCAAUGAAAGUCCUUCAUUGCCUGAUCAAUCACAUCCCAGCAUCCAAAGGCCACCAGCAUUGUGUCCCGAUUUCCUUAUCGAAACCUACCUCGAUCACCAAGGCGAAUCUUUCUGCCUCAAAUAUGACGCGAAUUCUCUCAUCUACAUCUCAAAAGCCAUGGACUUAUUUGACAUGACGCUGCCCGCUCUUCAGGCGCUGAAUAUCAAGUCGAAUACUUCCCCGUUCCGCAAGAAAAUGCACACUUCAUCUUCUGUGCCCCACAAAACAUCCCAUUCCAAGUCCCAUCCGCCACCUGUCAACCCACCACCAUAUCUGCCUGCCCUUGCGGCUGGUAUGGCACCCCUUGCCCACAUACCGACCCUGGUUCUCGGUGUACAAAGUGAUAUCUUGUUCACCGUAGAGCAACAGCGCGAAGUCGCGGAUGCGCUGCGCAUGGGAGGCAACGAAAACGUGAGCUAUUACGAACUGGGAGGUGUAUGGGGUCAUGAUACAUUCUUGAUCGAUACAUUGAACGUGGGAGGCGCGAUCCGUGGAUUCUUGUCGUUAUCAUAA